UUUUGUCGCAACAUGACUUCGUCUAGAAUACACUUAGUCAAAGGUUGCUACAUGCCACAACUGGGAAACAAAUUGGUUCUCUACUCAAAUGGAAUUUGUCCGUAUUCGCAUCGUGUUCACUUGUUCCUUAACGCAAAACAGAUCGCUUACCAGACCAUUUAUGUAGAUAUUUUCAAAAAACCCGAUUGGUUUGAGCAAAAAAGUCCUCUAGGACGUGUGCCAGUUUUGGAGUUGCCAGACAAGACGGGUCCAAUUAUCGAUUCGCUCAUCAUAACUGACUAUUUAGACGAACGUUAUCCAGAAAUUAAAUUAUAUCCAUGUGAUCCAUAUCGUCGUGCCAGAGACAAAGUGCUGAUUCACAGAUUUAAUGCAGUUUUAGAUACAAUUUCAAGAAUUAUGUAUCCGACGGGACGUCUACGAGCGAUUGAAAGUGUGAAUGAAGCCGCAGAAGAGCUCUUCGGUGAUCUUGAUUUCUUUGAAACUGAAUUACAAAAACGUAAAAGUAUCUUUUUUGGAGGUGCUAAACCAAAUGCCGUUGAUUACAUGAUAUGGCCAUGGUGUGAGCGGAUGAUGUUCUUCCCCAUGACUGACACUGGAUAUGAACUUGACAAAAAACGCUUUGAAAAACUGAUUAAUUGGCAAGAUCAGAUGUGUAACGAUUCUGUAGUAAAAAGUUGUGCCCUUCCUCCAGAAUUUUACUACGAAUUAUAUCAACGCAUUAAAGCCAAAACUCUCACCACAGAAUUCAUGGACAAAGCAUCGAAUUAUCGUGAAAAUUUGCGAUAUCAUGUAACGUCGAUGUACAAAGAUUGA